AAUGUACUGGGUUUAAUGUCCGGGUGCCCUAAUUUAAAUGUUGCACCAUGAUCGCCAUCAUGGUCUAAAGAGAAUCGUGCAAUCCGCCAUCGUGUCCUGCUCCCCUUCCCCCAGCUGCUCCUCCCGUGGAUUCCAACCAUGGACCCUAACCGCGCCACCGAUCCGCACCCCUCGGACCCGCGUCUCGGCCCCAAACCCCGCCGCUCUGGUCACCGCCGGGCGCACUCCGAGAUCCUCCUCCGCCUCCCCGACGACCUCCUUUUCGACUCCGACCCGGACUUCUCCCUCGACGAUGUUGACUUCCCCUCCCUCUCCGACGAUACCGGGGUCCCAGUCCCCGCCGCUGCCAGCGGGCCGGAGCCGUCCGUCGGGGCCGCCGGACAUCACAGGAGUAUGUCGGUUGAUGGCGCCUUCUUCGAUGGCCUCGAACUCCGGAGCCCGUCGGCCGGCGGCGGGGUCCUGGAUAAGGUGGCGCACCAUCGGCGCAGCGGCUCCUUCGACGGGUCUAGUAUGACGUUCGAGGGGGAGAUGGCGGGGCGGUUGGAUUUCGCCAAGAAGGCGAUGUCGGAUGGCAAGCUCGCCGAGCUGGCGCUAAUCGAUCCCAAGAAAGCCAAAAGGAUUCUUGCAAAUAGGCAAUCUGCUGCUCGAUCGAAGGAGAGGAGAAUUCGUUAUACUAGUGAGCUUGAGGGAAAGGUGCAGACACUUCAGACAGAAGCUACCACUCUCACGGCCCAGCUUUCACAGCUACAGAGAGACACAACUGGCUUGACUGCUGAGAACAGGGAACUUAAGCUGCGGUUGCAGGCUAUGGAGAAAGAGGCUGAACUUCGUGAUGCUCUGAAUGAGACACUCAGACAAGAAAUUCAGCGGCUCAAGAUGGUAACGGGGGAAAUCUCAACGGUUAAUGGCAAUACAUUCAACAGAGGUAUCCAGCCGUCCCCAUAUCUCUCUCAUCCACAGCAGUUGCCUAGCCAAACUGGUUAUCAAGCCCAGCAGUUCCAUGGGUCUCAGCCAUCUUUUAGCGUCCAAUCAGGAAGUGCACAGACUCCAUCAGAUCCGAUGGAUUUCAUGUGAAGAUGGGAACUGUUAACCUCUUGUAUGGAGCCUAAGUUGAUGUGCAGAUGUGCAUGUAUUAACAUAAUCUGUAGAAGACUAAAACUUGUUGUAUAAUCAAAUCGAACACUUAUAUAAUUCCGUUUAUGAAUGUCAGCCUCGACAUGUGUAAUAUCUUUGAUGUAACACAUAUGAUUGUAAAUAUAUGUACAAAGAUUAACAAAGCAUGCAUUUCUUCUUUGUGGGAGAUUGAAAGAUUAA